GGCAUAUGAUAUUUCCAAACGAUGGCUGAGCGGCGGAAGUCUUCUAAGUGAGUUAGGGCUGAGCGUGUCGGUCAGUCUUCUCGGCGGAAGUCUUCUCAGAAGUUUCUUCUGGGUGAGCUAUUUUCGCACUCGACUUCGUCUUCUUCGUCUGACUAGUACUUGCACUCGCUGUCUUCAGGUUCCUAAGAUACAAAAGGGAGAGAGACGGUCCUGCGUGUGCUGAAAUUGAACAAUCUUGAGUCUUCUUCCACAGAGCAUGGACUUGAAGAGUUGUGUUUGAUCUUCUUUUUCCAGGUGAGGAUGCCGAUAGAUAAGAGUUGGAUAUAUAUAAAGAAUCGAUUAUCAAAUGAGUAUUGGAAGGGUUUACAAGGUUUUAUAGACUAUGCAAAGGACUUUGUGAAUGAAGAAGGAAAUAUAAGUUGUCCUUGUAAAAGAUGUUUGAAUGGAAAAAUGCUUCCAUUGAAAGACGUUAAGCGACAUAUCUUUGAAUCUGGGUUUGAUGUGACAUAUUCACAUUGGGUUUUUCAUGGUGAGCCACCUGAGAUACCACCAUUUCUAAAUUUAAAUGUAGAAGAUGAGGCAGAGGAUGAAAUGGCUGCAGUAAUGAAUGACAUUGCAGGAGAAACUCGUGACCAUGGCCUAAGAGGUGAUACCACAUAUAAUACGGGUGAUGAAAUGUCAACACAAUUUGAGGAUCUAUUAUCUGAGCUUCAUGCAGAGUUGUAUCCAGGGUGCACUAAGGUUUCUUCGCUAAAUUUUUUAGUAAAACUUAUGCACUUGAAAGUACUCUAUAAGUGGCCAAAUGAGUGCAUGGAUUCAGUGCUAAAGUUGCUAAAAGAUGUACUCCCUGAUGGUAAUAAGUUACCAACUUCUCAUUACGAGUCAAAGAAAAAGUUGAGCAAAUUGGGACUUGGCUACGAAAAGAUUCAUGUGUGUAAGUAUGAUUGUGCUUUGUUCUGGAAGAGUAAUGCUGAUUUGCAAACAUGUCCAAUUUGCAACACGAGCCGGUGGAAAAAUGAAAGGGGGAAAAAAGUUCCAUGGAAAGUUCUCCGCUAUUUUCCAUUGAAGGAUAGAUUGAGACGAUUAUUUGUUUCACGACACACCUCCAAAGAAAUGACAUGGCAUCAAAGGGGUAAAUCAACUGUUCCAGACAUGAUGCAACAUCCAGUAGAUGGCAAAGAAUGGAAAGAGUUUGAUGAGAACUACCCCGACUUUGCUAGUGAACCACGAAAUGUUCGAUUGGGGUUAUCUGCAGAUGGAUUCAAUCCAUUUGGAAACAUGAGUUUAUCAUAUAGUAUGUGGCCAGUUGUUGUGGUGGUAUACAAUCUACCUCCAUGGUUAUGUACUAAAGAUCCUUAUAAGCUUUUAACAUUAUUAAUUCCAGGUCCAUCUUCUCCUGGAAAGGAUAUUGAUGUGUUCUUGAGACCUCUCAUUGAUGAAUUAAAGGAGUUGUGGUCAGAAGGGAUGGUUGUACAUGAUGGAGAUACAAACACGCGAUUUCAAAUGCGGGUUGCUCUACUCAUGACUAUUAGUGACUUUCCUGCUCGCAGUAGUCUAUCCGGUUGGAGUGGUCAAGGCUAUUAUGCUUGUUCUUCAUGCAAUGUUGAUACCCCUUCCAUGCGUAUCACAAGUAAAACAUGUUAUGUUGGGCAUCGAUCAUGGCUACCGACUGACCACAUAUUGAGGAAGAAUAAAAAGUUUAAUGGCCAGGUUGACAAAAGCACUCCUCCAAAACAGAAGUCCACGCGAGAGAUAUUAGAUCAGUUACAAAAUGUGUGUCCUCGUGUUCCUGGUAAGCAUCCAGAUUUUGGUGGGAAGAAGCUUAAACGCAAACGAAAACCACGUGAGUUAAAUUGGACCAAGAAAAGUGUCUUCUGGGAAUUGCCUUAUUGGUCUUCUUUGUCAUUGCGUCACAAUUUAGAUGUGAUGCAUAUAGAGAAAAAUGUAUGUGAAAGCUUACUUGGUACGGUCCUGAGCAUUGACCGAAAAACUAAGGACACGGACAAAGCAAGAAUUGAUUUGGCCCAUUGGGGAGUUCGAGAAGAGUUUCAUUUGUAUAAAGAUGGUGAGCAAUUAAUGAAACCACAUGCAGCAUACACAUUGAGUCCUGACGAUUGCACAAAGUUCUGUGAAUUCUUAAAACAUGUACGAUUUCCAGACGGUUUUGCUUCCAACUUGGGGAAGAAUGUGAUAGGAGGGACUAGCAAGAUUUCAGGUCUUAAGUCUCAUGACUGUCAUGUUAUUAUGCAACGAUUGUUGCCUACCGGCAUUCGACCAUUCCUUAAGAAAGAGAUAGUUGAUGCGAUCACCGAGCUAUGCAAUUUCUUUAAGUUGAUAUGUUCAAGGAAAGUGAGAGUAAGUGAUCUGAAACAAGCUCAGAAAGACAUCAUUGUUAUAUUAUGCAAACUGGAGACGAUCUUUCCCCCAGCUUUCUUUGAUAUCAUGGUUCAUGUCACCAUGCACUUACCGGAGGAAGCAAUUCGAGGAGGGCCGGUUCAUUUAAGGUGGAUGUAUGCAAUUGAACGGUUUCUUGGUUCUUUGAAGAAGUAUGUUAGAAACCGUGCACGUCCAGAAGGGUCCAUUGCUGAAGCAUACAUUGCAAAUGAAGCAUUGUCGUUUUGCUCAAUGUAUUUGAGUGACAUUGAGACGAGAUUCAACAGAUUAGAGAGGAAUUGGGUUGAAAGUGAUGUUAGCACUACAGGAAGUUUAUCUAUCUUUCAAUCUCGAACCCGUCCUAUCGGAAAAAUGUCUCUAAUAACUCUGGACUAUGCUAUGCGAAAUAGAGCAGAGUGGUACAUUUUGCAGAAUUGCCCAGAAGUCCAACAUUAUAUUGAUGAGCACAAAGAGGUGAUUAGUUCGCGAAACACCAUCUGUUCUUUGGAUGAAAUUCAACUCAAGGAGUUUCCAGAAUGGUUUCAAAGGAAGAUCUUUUCCCUCCAAGAGUGUUCAACGCCAGAAUUGAACAAACAAUUGGUUUCGCUUGCUUUUCGUUCUAGUCCAACGUUCAAAAGUUAUCCUGGAUGUAUAGUUAAUGGAGUAAAGUUUUUGACUCACCGUCGGGAUAUGAACCGAUCAACUCAAAAUAGUGGAAUUUCUGUAAAGGGGUCAGAUGAUGAAGUGUUUUAUGGACAAUUAGAGGACAUUUAUGAAUUGAGUUACGGAGGUAACAAUUCUGUUGUUCUCUUCAAAUGUAAGUGGUACAACACAAGCUUAGACCGGCGAGGGAAAAGAAGGGGAACGAAAGAGUACAAGAAUAAGAUGAGCAUAUGCAUCAAGGAUUUUUGGUAUGAAAAUGAGCCUUUUAUUCUUGCAUCUCAAGCAGAGCAAGUGUUUUAUGUUGAGGACCUUUACAAUGGCCCACAAUGGAGAGUUGUUGAACAUUUUGGGCAUAGACAUAUUUGGGACCUUCCCCCGGAUCAAGAAGAUAAUAUGUGUAUUGUCCAAGAUGUUGAGUCUUCAGGUAUUGAAUUGGAUGUUGAAGUACCAAACUUAGACUCUAUGUUAUGGAAUGACACAAAUGUUUCACCAAAUGUCGCUUCAUCUGAUGUGAUUACUCUAUAUGAGAAUCUUCAAGGUGGUUUUACUAUCAACGAAGAAGAUGAGUAUGAUGAAGAUGGUGAAAGUGAGUUUUUAAGUUAUGGUAGUGGUAAUGAAUACGAUGAUGAUGAUGAUGAUGAUGAUGGCAAUGCUGAUGAUGAUGUUGAUGAUGAUGAUGAUGAGAGCCUCAAAUAUAUUAGCAGUGACGAUGAUUAAAUACGAGGCUUUUUUAUUGUUAAUUAUGCUUGGAUCAUUUGUAUGCACUUUAUUUCUUUAGAUGUUUUUGCACGUGACUAAAUGACUUAAUGUUUUUACAUAUAUUUUGAUGGUUAUUGGUUUCCGGUGAUGUUUAAUUUACAUUUAAAUUAUCCCUACACAUGUAUGCACAUAUAUAGGUGUACUUUAUGGCAGGAACAAUAGCUACAUGUGCGGGUUCAAGUGGAGGAUCCCAACCUCCACGAGAUCCCCAUAGAGUGCCAUCUUCGUGUGAGUCAGCUUCAGAAACUCAGAAACCAAAACGGAAAGGGAGAGGUCCAGCCAAGGGAAACAACAUUAUGUUAGCCGUAGCUAAAGAUGGAAAGAUCAAAGUUCAAUUUGAUUCGGCAAGGAAAACAUGGAAGGCAGUUGGGCCAAAAGCUUCUUGGUGGUCAAGCGCAAUAGGAAUACACACUCGGGACUGUUGUGAUCCGUUCUACGAUAAGUGGGACGAUGUUCCGGCCUGUCAAAAAGCUAUGAUUCGACAUAGGAUGUUGGACUGGUUUGAGUGCGAUAAUGACAAGCUUUUUGAUGAAGUAUUGAUUCGAGAUGCUCGAGAGUCCUACAACGAUUGGAAAAGUGAUUUAUCUGUGUAUUUCAAGAACAAAGGAUGAAUGCAAGCUAAGAGACCUAUAAAUGUACGAAGUGAUGAGCAAUGGCAGAAGUGUUGUGAGAGAUUCAAUUCUACGAAGUUCAAGGAAAUUUCUUCAAAAAACCUACAAAAUAGAGAAGCAAGUGAUGAUAAAAGUGGGCAUGGGAGAAAAUCAUAUGCCCAAUACAUGCACGAAAAAGAUGAUCCAGAAACUGGUGAGCAGUACUCAGCUCUUGAAAAUUGGAAAGAUCAACGUUUGACUCGUAGUGGCGAAUGGAGAACAAAAGAAGCACAUGAAAAAUAUACUCAAAUGAGUGAAGAGUACCAAACACAGCUAGGACAAACAGGGUCAUCGUCUUCAAUAAAUGAGAUUGAUAUUAUGCACCGGAACUUGAGAAGAUAUCGCGGACGCCAAAGCGGAGUGGGUCCUACCCUAUCAAAGGGUGCAUCUCGAAGAGUGGAUGAUGGCGCUACUUCAACGUUCCAAGACCACCGGGAUGUUCAAAUAAGUGAAUUGAAGGCAAAUCAAGAGUUGAUGCAAGCAAAUCAGGAGUUGAUGCUUCGUGCCCUACAACAAUUUAUUCCUGGCUUUCAACUUCCUUCAAGCAGCUCCGCAAAUGAUGUUCCUUCGACAUCAAGUGCUAACCAACCCGAUCAGAGUCUCGAUGAAGAUGAUCAAGAUUGAUAAUAUCGAGUUGAAUAUGCUUUUUACAUAGUUAAGAUGAACAUGAAUUUAUUUAUGUUUACAUUUUGUGAUGUUUGUAAUGAUUUAAUGAAACUUCGUUGUAGGAUAACUCACUUUUACUAUGAAUAUUGAAUGAAUUUAUGUGUUGUUGACAUUGGUUGUGUUUGGAUAGAU